AUGUCUGACAUGGUGAGGUUGGAGGCCCCGCCGCCAUCGCUCCGGCCCCCCCGCGGCCCACACGUGACCAGGGAGAACCCCGCGCUGCUUCCGCCCACCAAUCACAGCGCGCGAUCGCUCCUGGAUUUCCGCGUCCGGGCGCUGUUUAUUCCCAGUUCCCUCCCAGUGCUCCCAGUAAGAGCGGUCCUAGCACGGAAAGCGCUCCCAAUUCCUUCCGGGUUCUCUCAGGAUCGCUUCGAGUGCUCCCAGUAUUGGUUCCAGCACUGUGCAGGGCACGGCCACUUUGGAACCCCCCAGGGCAGAGCACGGCUGCUUUUCAGUGUCGGCACCGACCUGGGCCGGGCUGGGAGCGGAGGAGGGGGAGGAAGGAAAGAGGAGCGGGAAGAACAAGAAGGGGAAAGUCAGGAACAUGAGGAAGAGGAGCUGCAAGAGAAAGAGCAGCAGCAGAACCACUCGGCUCCCCCGCCCGCCCGCUCAGGCUGCAGUUCCCCCAACUCUGGCAGCAUCACCCUGCCCCCCCGGAACCCACAGGAUUUCCCAUUCCCAAAUCAUGGUCAGAUGGAGGAGGAGGCCGUGAGGAAGAUGGCCCAGAAGCCCUAUGCAGACAAGGAGCUGAGGAUGGAGACCAGGGAGGACAAAUCCCCACAGCUGAACCUUAUGGAAAAGGCAUUUUAAACCAGCUCCAUGGUGCAGGAAUCCAAGGAGGAGGAAAAGCCCCAGAGAUCCCUCAUGAGGGGUUACAAAUGCAGAUCACGGUGAUCCAAAGCAGAAAGACCCACUCCGGGCCAGGGAGGUGGCCAGAGAUGCUGCUGGAGCUUAGAGCUGAGAGUCCAUGAGCAGCUUCAUGAUGGGGAGAAGCCCCACAAGUGCUCAGAAUGUGGGAAGAGCUUCAGCAAGUGAUCCUACCUGAUCCAACACUGGAGAAUCCACAUGAGGGAACAGCCCUAUGAGUGUGGGGAGUGUGGGAAGGGCUUCAAGACAAGCUCUGACCUGACUGCCCACCAGAUGAGCCACACAAAGCAGAGGCGUGCCGAUUGUGAGGAAUGCAGGAAGACAUUUAAGACUAGCUCCAGUCUCCUCAGGCAUCAGCAGAUUCAGAGGAGAGGCCCUUCCACUGACCCAACAAUGGGAAUGGCUUCAACCAAAACUCCACUGUCGUCACCCACCAGCGCAUAUAUACUAGGACGAGGCCCUACGAGUGUCCCAAAUGUGUGAAGUCCUGUUCCAGAAGCUCUCACUUUACCCUACACCAAUGAAGGCACCACUAAGGGAAGCCCUGCAAAUCAAGUGCAGGAAGAGCUUCAUGUGCUGCUCCAGCUCCAUCCCCCGUGGCAGGAUCUGUGCUGGAUGUUCCUGUGGCCCCCAGUGGGCAGAGCAUUGCUGGUCCAUGGUGCCCGUGAUCUAUGUUAGAAAUACACCUGGCUGGGUGGCUCCACAUCCUCCUGGCUCCCCAUGGGCACCUGGACAUAUCCACAGAUCAACAUCAGAAAUCCAUUGUGAAGAGCACGUUUGUCGACUUCUGACCCGAGAAAAAUCUCACUCUUUGCAUCUUCUGGUGGUAUCAAGCAACACUGAAUGGCCUUGGAGGUCUUCUCCAAUAGAAAUCCAUCAUUUUAAUCCUUUCUGGCUCAUGGGCAUCUUCCACAGCCAAAUGGGAACAUACUGGGGCAAACCCCACAAUUUUGGAGAUGGUGGGGUGGAAACCCCUUCAAAAAGGGUUCUUCCCACCCAGCCAAGCAUGUGGAUGCUUUGCCAGCAGGGACACAUAAAUUCUUUUGU